AUCUCAUUCGCUGAAAAAAAUAGUAUCCUUUUCUAAUGACGUUCACUGACACUUCCAUAUAUGGAUAACAUAACCGCUAUAAAAUUCAACGAUUACUAAAGUGAAUAGAAAUAAGUGCCAAGAAUCUUUAUAAGGGUAAUUUCACAAUUUCCUACUUUGUGUUGUACUUUUUCAACGGUCCUAGACAGUGCCUAACUAUUUUAGUCCGAGACUUCGACGUUAUUUUGGUAUUUUUCCAAAACCGGAACUAAGGGCCUAAAAAAUGUCCUACGCCUGCAAAAGUAUUUAUGCAACUUUGCCUAAAACCCAAAGAGGUCAACCACUUGUUUUGGGUGGAGAUCCCAAAGGGAAGAACUUUUUAUAUACUAACGGAAAUUCAGUUAUAAUAAGGAAUAUUGCAAACCCAGCAAUUUCUGAUGUUUAUACCGAACAUUCUUGCCUAGUGAAUGUUGCUAAAUAUUCACCCAGUGGAUUUUACAUCGCUUCUGGAGAUCAAUCAGGAAAAGUACGGAUCUGGGAUACAGUAAACAAAGAGCACAUCCUUAAAAAUGAAUUCCAUCCUUUCGGUGGCCCCAUCAAAGACAUUGCCUGGUCCCCUGAUAACCAAAGAAUGGUUGUUGUGGGAGAAGGCCGUGAAAGGUUCGGGCAUGUUUUUAUGUCAGAAACCGGCACGUCAGUUGGAGAAAUCUCUGGACAGUCCAAACCAAUCAAUUCGUGCGAUUUUAGACCUGCUAGGCCUUUUAGGAUUAUCACUGGAAGUGAAGAUAACACUAUUGCUGUGUUUGAAGGACCUCCAUUCAAAUUCAAGAUGACCAAGCAGGACCACUCUAGAUUUGUCCAAGCCGUCCGGUAUUCACCGUCUGGUAACCUGUUUGCUUCCGCUGGAUUCGAUGGGAAAGUAUUCCUCUACGACGGCACAUCUUCCGACUUGGUAGGAGAGGUAGGCAGCCCAGCACACGCGGGCGGUGUGUACGGGGUUGCCUGGAGUCCAGACGGUAAGCAACUGCUUACAACUAGCGGCGACAAAACCGCUAAACUUUGGGACGUGGAAACCAGACAAAUCGUUUCAGAAUUUAAAUUGGGCAACGCUGUAGAAGAUCAACAGGUGUCGUGUCUCUGGCAAAACGAAUAUCUGCUCUCUGUGUCGCUGAGUGGGUUUAUUAACUAUUUGGAUGUGAAUAAUCCAGAUAAACCUCUUAGAAUUGUAAAGGGCCACAAUAAGCCUAUUACUGUAUUAACUUUAAGCGAGGAUCGUACUUCUAUCUUUACUGGAUCUCAUGAUGGUAUUGUGACCAGGUGGAACACUGAGAAUGGUGAAAAUGAAAAGAUUGAUGGUGCUGGACACGGUAACCAAAUCAAUAGUAUGCGAGUCCAUGACGGCACUCUCUACACCGUCGGUAUAGAUGACAGUUUGAAGCAAAUCGACAUCGAAGGCAACGCCUACAGGCCGCAAGACUUAAAGCUGGGCUCGCAGCCCAGAGGCAUGGAUAUCCUGAAAGAACAGAACGUUAUCAUUGUAGCUAGCGUAAAUGAGAUCACGGUAGCUAAAGAUAACAAGAAACUAAGCGUUCUGAAGGUCGGUUACGAGCCUACAGGUGUCAGUUGUUCGCCAAGAGGACAUGUUGCUAUAGGGGGGUCUGGUGACAAUAAGGUUCAUAUAUACGAACUUGACGGUGAUAACCUGAAACUGUUACAAGAACUGACGCAUCUGGGACCUGUCACUGACGUUUCUUACUCACCUGAUGACAAAUAUCUCGUCGCCUGUGAUGCAAAUCGGAAGGUUAUCCUUUAUGGCACAGAAGAUUAUCAGAUUCCAGCGACAAAACAAGAGUGGGGUUUCCACAAUGCCAGGGUAAACUGUGUUGCGUGGUCUCCAGAUUCUCAAUUGGUGGCCAGCGGUAGUCUGGACACAAGCAUUAUUAUUUGGUCGGUGGAAAAACCUGCCAAACACAUUAUAAUUAAGAAUGCUCAUGCUCAAAGUCAAAUUACCAAACUGUCCUGGGUAGACAACACUACUUUGGUCUCGGUUGGACAAGACUGCAACACGAAGUUAUGGACAAUAACUCCUUUCUAGUCUUUUUGAAGGAACUAACAAAAAACGGUGUUUAUUUUUCUUGAAAUUAUUUCAAAACUCUUUCGGCUUAAUGCAUUUAACUACUAUGUGAUUUCUUUUAUUUUCCUUAUUUAUGAUAUUUAUUUAUAAAACAUUUUUUUGCUUACGCACAUAGGCUUCAGUUUCUUACAGUAGUAUUUAGUUUGUAUUUUCUACUAAAAAAAGCAUUUUUUUUAUGUUCCUACUGUAUUUUUACAAACAUAGUAUAUACAAAAAAGUAUUUAUAAAAAAUCGUUUUUUAUACUUAAAAGUUUGAUAUUUUUGCACUUUGUAUUUUUUUUUGAUCAAAGAAAAGUAUUUUGAAACUAUUUGAGGGUAUGCUUCUGCUAACUGAACUACGUACGAUUCAUGGAGGGAUUGUUUUUCAUGUAUAUGGGUUGAGUAAAUUAUAACAAAGUAUUAUCUAUAUUUAUCAAAUAAAAAUAUUAUUACAUUUAUUGUA